GAAACCUCACUCUUCAAGCAGCUCUCUCUCACAUCCUUCUCUUCCUACAUUCAGGACCAUACAAGGCCUUGCAAGGGCGUGUUAAGACCAGCGCCUGAUAUCUGUCAAGUCCGAUAUCUGGUCCGGUUAACUAAAUACCAGAAUUCCGUGAAUUCCUCAUUCUAGAAUAACUGGGAUUUCUAGCAGGCACGGUCUUCUCGUGAUUUCAAACGUUGAUUACAGUCCCCAAAGGCGCUUGUAUCUUCUAACGUCCUUGACUUCACCCCAUCUCCAUGCUCACAACCCUUCCUACACCUGUUCUCUCUGUCACACCCGAUGCAGUGAAAGAUCUUCAAGGGCGAGAUGCCCUCUCAGCUCUCUGGACUAUUUUCACAAAGUGCAAGGAGUCACUUCAGGAUGGCCGAAGACUUGAGAAUAUCUCUUGGAGGCUAUGGCACCGUGAGCUUAUUCUGGCUCAGCAGGCAUACCUGCCGCCUACGCCGGACUCCGUCUCGAAUCCCAAAGUAUCGUCCGAUACCCGCAACUCGUUCUUUCCCCUUACCGACCCUGUCGAGGUAGUUCAGCCUUCAGGCACACUCCCUUGCCUGCAUUCGACAUCCGCAUAUCAACAUCCUCCAUCCCCUGCAUCUACAACGAGCCCUGUUGUUCCUGAGCGCCUGCACACAUCUCAAUUCUCAUCAGGCACCCCCGUAGCACCGCUUCUCACCACUUCCUUCCGCCCCAAAUCGUCUUCGUUUGUAGGCCGAAUAAUAAUAGACAUGUUGCCAAAUAAUAUCCUUAUACCCGACAAGACGCCAUCACCGUGUUCGCUUCAACAACCUACCGUGCCCUCCGUUCAGCUUCCCUCAACGCCUACCUCUGCAGAAGCUUACUUUCCGCGCGUCGUCGUCGUCAACCCCACGCCCCAACCUACUCCACCAAUGACGCCUUCCCUCAGUGAAGAACCAACGGGUGCUUCACAGCCACCAUCAACGUUUCUUCUACCGCCGCUUCCCCCGCCCGUACUAAUGAUGAAACGUCAAGCGCAAGCGGAACAGCCGCUCCCGCAGUCACCUCCACCUGACGAACUAUUACCGUCUCCGGCCCCGGCCCGAGGCGCCGAGUCGUCGAAGGUCUCUGGAAGGUUUUUCUUACAGCAGAGCCCUGAUGAUGCGUCCCCGGAACGUGACGGCUCAACGGAGAGCGGAAAGAGCCGUGUUGAUUUGUUCGAUGCGUCGAGCGCGGCCUCCAGUCAGAUGCACAGCACUGAUAAUGAGAAAGAAGUAACGAAAGAGCUGAAGGAGAAAGAUCGUGCCGGUUCUAAGCCCAAGAAGGGUAAGGAAUUGGGGAGAUCGUCUGCCCGGCCACCUUUGGCAAAACGGACCCACUCGGCAAGGCACAUCGGGCCUUCGAUUCAGCGCAAGCAUUCGAUUCAGGAUAGUAAACCGCGUGCGAUGUUUAAUAUUGGUUCCAACUCGUCGAACGGGUCCAAGUCUGCUAAUGGGAGCUCGGCGAAGCUCACUCCGCCCCCGCCUCCACCUGCCCCUGUGGUUAAUGGAUUGGGCGCUAUGCUUCACGGUAUGACAGCUAUCAAUUCAAAACCUGCCCGGCCGAUCGUGGCUCCCCUCCCUACUGCGAAUGGCAACACCGUAGCCAACGGCGUUGGCAAUGCUGCUGCUAAUGCAAGCACCUGCACGGGUCCCCAACAGCGAAAAACCAUCGUUGUCGCUAGUACCUCUGAGGAAGACUACGAAACUACUGAUGCGGAUGACUCUGGAUGGGCCUCUGAGGAUAUGGACGCUGAGGACAAAGCUCGUGAAGUCAAGGAAGCUGGGCUGCGCGGGGCUGCACUGGAGGCUCAACGCCAACGUGACCUCUUCGCAAAGGUUCCCAAGCGUUCGUACUCGAAUCUCAAUCGCACACAAUCGGGGCUACUUUCUCAGCUCAUGAACCCUAACCCUGCGAUAUUCCCGCCGAAUCAUCCAUAUCGCUUGAGUCAAUCAACUGCGGAUCUUGUGCGGAUGCAACGGCAGGUGCAGCGUCAAGUUGAGCAGGCUCAGGCUCCACAAAGGAGUGUUAGUGGGUUUGCGGGGCCAGUGAGGCUGCAGACAAGUAAAAGUUCGGCGGCGUUACCCCUGGCUGCGCAGAUCACUGCCACGUCGAGCUCGAAGCCCCCAUCGUCUGGAAUGAAGGGGAAAGAGAACGAGAAAGGGGGGUACAGGCCAAAGGGACGCCCGAAGGAGGAAGAGAUGGAAGAUGAGAGUGGUGAGGACGACGACGAUGACGAUAAAAUCCAGGUAUCGCGCAGUGUGGCACAGCAGAGGCUUCAAGCACUAAUGUCGCGGCACGGACCGGAAAACGGCAUUGCAUCGCAGCUGGGUCAACAUACGCACACACGUGUGGCAGAAAAUCACGUCGCUCCUGCUGCACAGUCCACGGCACCUAUACCCCUCGGUCAUCCAUAUAACCUUCCCGCCCCCGCACAACCCAUGACGCCGCGCACAACCCGGCGAAUAAUGCUUCGCACAGAGCUGUCAGAGAGCAUGCGGAGGCAAUUGUUGUGGGAGCGGCAGGUAAGCAGUACUACCAACCCAGCUGCAAACGCAAGACGUUCGAACAAUGGCGUUAUCAGACCGCUUGCUUCGACCACUUCCAUGGGCGAGAAUCCUAGCGCUACUAAGAGUGCAGAGGCUCAGGAUAGGGAUGAGCGCAAACGUCGCGCAAUGGCUCGAAAUCGAAGUUGGGCGGACGACUACCACUACUCAGGGUGGUAAUUUUCUUGCUGGAUUCUGCCAACACGUGGAUCUUCUAUAAUCUGGUGUCUCUCGCAUAUGUUAUGGGUUUUUUUUUCUGAUUGUCUUGUCCUCUAAUCACGCGGCACGGUUGCGUUUAUCUCUCUUUUCUAUCGUACUUUAGCACUCCCAUGCUCCACUCGCGAACAUGCUACUGAUACUGCAGGGCGUUGUUUCCCACCCUCUGCCGCGCCUUUUACUCAUCUCCAUGCUGCGCUUCCCCCCGACUUUCCUCGUAUCGUUGCAUUUCCCACACAUAAUUUGCACUUGCAUGUCAUACUCCGUCAUCCUCGCUGUCCAUUUACGUUGUAAUAGUAGUCACCUUAAUUACCAGGUAGUUAUUCCUAUGGAUUAAGGUGUUGUGUUCAAUUUGCUUUCGAACCUUCUCAUAGUGUGUUAUUAGGGUAGGUAUAUCCGCCAAGUUGUACAUAUAUUAUGUAAUGAUAAGUGGUUUUU